UCCAUAACCCGCUCAAUAGUGUAGUACUCACUUCUCGUGUCUGACUGUUUUGUUCAUGUUUCCAAUUAAUUAGUUAUUUAUUCGUUACAAUUUUAAUGUUGUCUCAUAAUAAGGAAAAUUCAAAAUGAUAUGUAAUCUCUAUUAGGACCUCGUAUUGGGUAAUAGUCAUCACAACGUACAUAUGUGAAAUGAUUUUCCUGUCACAAAAUAACUAGCCUGCUUCAUAAUCAAUACAUAGCAACAAGAACGAAGAUACCGAAAUUUAACAGAAAGUCGGUAAGAUGGAUAACAAUUUAUCCUUGAAGAAGCUAUUUUCUUCGUACCAAAAAUGGGUUAUUAAGAAUCCCAGUCUUGUAACUGAUGUAGAAACUGUAGCGACUUGGUCUUCGUAUUUUAUAGCUGGGAAAAUAAACAAAUCACCAAUUGUUUCUGAACUCGUGUACGCAUUAUCGAAACUGUUAUCAUUAUUCAAUGACAAAAUCAUAAAAGAUGCUUACGGCAAUGAUGUACCCCAUUACAGUUUACAAGAACAAAUAAAAUUAUGGUUGACAAUUACUCAUUAUUGUGAAGUAUUUGUUGAACUAGUUGUGAGGCAUAAAUGGGGAACAAGAGGUAAAUGGACAGCCGCCACAAUUUUACAAUUAUUCAAGUGCUCCUCAGCUUUAGUGUUGCUGUACAGAUUCAAAGAAAUCACAAUACAGCAUCCUCCAAUACCAGCCUUACAAAGGAAGAAAAAAGUAGCUGAGGCUAUGGAUUCUGAAGACAAUUCAAAUGAAUUUUUCACAUUGAAGAGAUCGGGCAGAGUGAUUCGACGUGUAGAAGGUGCCCCACCUGUUGGAUUACGGGAUUGGCAGCCAAUUAAGAUAAAAGAUGAAAGUGUACAUUCCAUAAUGCAAAUAAAAGAUUUGAAAAAUGCUGAAUUGUUACAUGUAUUGAAACCAAUAAUACAUCUGGCUGCAAUGAAAGUUUUUGGUACCAAGUCUUGGAAACAAUGGCUGUUAGCCUUAGGCUUGGAUAUUGCCAGUUUCAGACUGUACAAUCGGCACAUGGAGGAGUUAAACUAUGACCAAAGGUUAGAAAUAAGCCGUAGAAAGCUCAGUCUUGUACUUUACUUGUUGAGAAGUCCAAUGUACAAUGGGUAUUCUAAAAAUGUCAUUGAAAACAUCUUAAAAUCAACAUCAAACACAAUUCCAGCAAUGUCCUUUGUUUGCGGACCGAUCUUACAAUAUUUGAACCAUUGGCAAGAUAUUUACUUCUAUAUGUGGGCUAUGUAGAAGAAUGGUUUAUAUAACUUAAUAAUUUAAAAAUGUGUUUGUUUUCAUGUUUUAUUUUUGGGUUUAUAACUAGAUUUAUUUUUUUUUAUGUAUGAAAAGCUAAAUUUAUAAAUAGGCAUAAGCUCAUAACUGGUUAUACAUUUCUAUCAAUGAAUAUCAGUGCUAAUAUUUACAAGAAAGUUUGUAUAAAAUCUUUAUAUUCUAUACCUUAUGUAUAUUAUCUAUAGUUGUUGUGAUUUACUGGUGUAACAUUUUUCUUUUUAUAUAAGUUUUAUUGUGUUUCGUUUACUGUAUUGCCAGUUGUCAUGGGAUUGGUAAGUAGUGAUUAAGAGAACUUUCAAUCGGAUGGAUUCGGGGGAUAAAUAAAAUCGACUUUGCAAUUU